AAACUCGGGGAAGAUUUUCCAAUAUAAAAGAUACAUGAGUUUUGGCAGGCGUGGCACAGACACAGAAAGUGUGUUGUAGUUGCAGCAGCAAGCAAGCAGAGUUCGGGUUUCUUUCUUUCUUGCGGCGAAAGUUGCAUGAUGAUGUCCAUUGAAGGAGUGGUUCUCAAGCUCCCUUCCUUUUCUCAACUCAUAAACCCUAAUCGCACUCCCCUCAAAUUCCGUUUCAAUUUCCCCAAAUCCUCUUCCUCUUCUUCUUAUUCGUCUGCAACUGCUUCUCUUUCCGUUCCGGCAGCCGCACCCGUUUCUCUCGGCCACUCCACCCGACCCGAUUUUGAAAUCCUCCAUCAGAAGGUAAACAAUGGAUCAAAACUCGUUUACUUGGACAAUGCAGCAACCUCACAAAAGCCAUCUGCUGUUAUAGAUGCUGUUAACAAUUAUUAUAAAUCUUAUAACUCAAACGUGCAUCGUGGAAUUCAUUUCUUAAGUGCAAAGGCAACGGAUGCGUAUGAAAUGGCAAGGAGAAAGGUGGCGUCUUUUGUAAACGCACCGGAGUCUAGUGAGAUUGUGUUCACAAGAAAUGCUACUGAAGCUAUCAACCUUGUAGCGUAUUCAUGGGGGCUUUCUAAUUUAAAAGCCGGUGACGAGAUAGUUGUGACAAUUGCGGAACAUCAUAGUUCCAUUGUUCCAUGGCAAAUUCUAUCUGAGAAGACUGGUGCAGUUUUGAAGUUCGUCAGUUUGACCGAAGAUGAAGUCCCGGAUAUUAAGAUGCUACAAGAUUUGCUUUCGAAAAAGACUAAACUAGUGGCUGUUCAUCAUGUCUCAAACGUGCUUGCUUCGGUUCUCCCAAUUAAGGAUAUUGCCCAAUGGGCACAUGAUGUUGGGGCAAGAAUACUGGUGGAUGCUUGUCAAAGUGUACCACAUAUGGUCGUUGAUGUUCAGGAUCUUGGUGUUGAUUUUCUUGUUGCUUCUUCUCACAAGAUGUGUGGGCCUACAGGCGUUGGUUUCUUGUAUGGAAAGAGUGAACUCUUGACAGCUAUGCCUCCAUUCUUAGGUGGUGGGGAAAUGAUUUCUGAUGUUUUCUUGGACCAUUCUACUUAUGCGGAGCCUCCAUCGAGAUUUGAAGCUGGAACACCUGCGAUUGGGGAAGCCAUUGGUUUGGGAACAGCGAUUGAUUAUCUUUCUCAAAUUGGCAUGCAAAAGAUUCAUGAUUAUGAGGUAGAACUGGCUAAUUACCUUUAUGAAAACCUUCACGCGAUUCCCGGUGUUCGUAUCUAUGGACCGGCCCCUUCAGAGACGGUUCAUCGUGCUGCUCUAUGUUCCUUCAAUGUUGAGAGCCUUCAUCCCACAGACAUAGCCACUUUUCUUGAUCAACAGCAUGGUGUAGCAGUUAGAUCUGGGCAUCACUGUGCGCAGCCACUCCAUCGGUACUUGGGGAUAAAUGCAAGCGCACGAGCCAGUCUUUAUUUCUACAAUACGAAAGAAGAUGUUGAUGACUUUAUUCGAGCACUUGAGGACACCAUCGCGUUCUUCACCUCUUUCAAGUAGAAUUUGUUACUUUACAAUGAAAUGUGUUAUGUAUAACCACACGUGUUUUGAUAUUCUCGUGAUUUAUUGAUGUAUUUUUAUUUUUAUUU